AUAGAGAGAGUCUGAGAGACCCGGCGGCAAGCAAACGGCGCUGGCGCUCACCCUUCUAUUUAAAGGCUCACUCAGGUCCCUUGAGGGAGCCUCGCAACCAACUUGUGUUCAUCGAGGCGGUUCUUCCGGAUGAGAUGACAACCGACUACCUGACAUAUUUGGAGGACUACAUCGGAGCCAUAGAGAAUGUCCCGGCGGAUAUCCAGCACACCCUCUAUGAGCUCCGGUCAAAGGAUGAGGAGUGCGAUGCCCUCCGUCGAAGCAUUCGCGUCAAGCAGAGCGAUCUCUCUACGCGCAUGGAGGCAAUAGUACGCACGCAGGUCCAACUCGCGUCCUCGGUAAACGGUUCCAGCUCGAUGCAGCCGCGCAGCUAUACGGACCGAUUCAGCUUCGAGUCGUUAGCGGAGGUCGAACGAAAGCAGCUGGUGGAUGAUUACCCCGACCAGAAGGAGCUGGUGGAUAAGAUCAGGGCAGAGUAUGACCGCUGUGUGCGGAUAUCGGAGGAGAAGAUGGCGAUCGCGGCGCGGUCGAAGGAGCUGAUAGACAGAUACCUUACGCGUCUUUCCGAAGAUCUGGACCGCGCCGACUCGCCCGCCAGCAAUACUGGCAGCGGCCGCUCCAGUGUCAUUGGGAGCACCUCAUCUUUAGGCGCAACAGCUGAUAUGCGACCUCAAAUGACGCCAUCCUUUUCUCGAGAACAGACUGGGAGCGGGACUGUGGCAUUGCUGAUGCGGUCUGCGCCGGGCGCUGCAGUCUUUUCGACUACGUCAUCCAUUAAAACUCGACCAGGUCGACGGCCGGCGGCGCUGAACAAACGCAUCACAAAGCGAAAAACCUUCAGCCUCUCAAACGAUUGCCCUUCGCUCUCACCUCGGCUACGCGGCGCCUCCCCCGAUGUCUCCGACGACCAAGUCUACUGCUACUGCCAGCAAGGUUCCUUCGGCGAGAUGAUUGCGUGCGAUAACCACGACUGCGAACACGAAUGGUAUCACCUCGAAUGCGUCGGCCUAUCCGCGCCACCCGCUGGCGGCUGGAUGUGCCCGACAUGUAGCCUGGCAUACGAGAAAAGCAGCAGCAACCCACGCGCGGAAGGCCUUGCUUCACCCCCCAAGAAGAAGACGCGGGUUAUCUGAGGGUGGAUUGGGCGCAUGUGUGAGCUCGCGAAAGAUCCGUCGGUCUUGAGGCAGUCCGCGACUCUCAACGGGCGAACUCAUCGGUG